AUGCCGUUGAAUACAACGACAUUCCUGGUCUCGCAAGGAUGGGAAGGCGUCGGCGUCCCUCUAGACGGCAAGGCAGGCAAGGGCCUCAAGAAGCCGCUGGCCAUCACACAGAAGAAGACGCUCUCUGGCAUCGGCAAGGAUCGUGAUCGCGCCGAUGACUGGUGGAACAGUAUCUUCACUGCUGGCGCAAAGAGUCUCUCAAUCGGACCAUCACCGUCCUCCUCCGGUACAUCCACUCCAACCCUCGACAAGACUUCCGCCAAUAGUACUUCCUGGAGCAUGGGCGAAAGAUCAGCUGCAACUGCCAGCAUGUCCUUGUCAUCGCUCGCUAAGCGUGAACACGCAAGAAAGACGCUCAUGAGCAAUUUUGUUCGCGGCAAGCCCAUCGUUCCUCCAGUGGAGCCCGAGCUCGAGCUACCAAAGGCUCUUCCAGCCGUAUCGGCCGUCAAAGCUGAAGGAAGCAAAGUCGUCGCAGCAUCGGAUGCAGAGAUCGAGGUUGCCUUGGACGUGACUGCACCGUCGUCAAAGUCAAAGUCGAAAUCGAAAUCGAAGGAACACAGAACUGAGGAGGAAAAGCUCGAGAGGAAGCUCGCCAAAAAGGCCUUACGCAAGCAACUCGAAGAAGUCGGUCAACCCUCGGAUCCGUUAGAGCGGAAAAGCAAGAAGACGAAGAAGGGCUCUCAGGACGAGAGCAAGGCAAGCAAGAAGGAGAAGAAGCGCAAUGCCGACGCAACGCUCUCAGAAGAGCCGGCAUCACCCACGAAGAAGCGCAAGCGGAAAGCAAAGGAAAUUGCUGAGAAUGAGACGGCCACGUCAUCACCAGACAAGGACCUGAAGCCCAAGAAGAAGAAGAGCAAAGACAACAAGACGAUGAAGGAGGAGGACGAGAGGAGAGUCAAGAAGGGCAAGAAGGACAAGAGCAAGGGAGACAAGAAAGGCGUGGUGGCGGAUUAG